UGGUUUGACAGCUUCAUAAUAUUUUUUAGCAUCGCUUCUGAAAAACGUUUGAGAAACGUGAACAGUGAUUUGGGUUUUUCUUCAAAAAUAUUCCGUUUUCUUAACGUUUCCUUACAUUUACUUGUUCAUGGUCAGGCGAUAACCAAAACGCAAAAUGACUAUCGGCAAAAACAAUAAAAUGAUUCAGCACCUGAACUAUCGGGUGCGAAUCGUUUUACAAGAUUCGCGUACAUUCAUCGGCACAUUCAAGGCAUUCGACAAACACAUGAAUUUGAUAUUGGGAGACUGUGAAGAAUUCAGAAAAAUCAGACCGAAGAAUACCAAGCUUCCCGAACGAGAGGAGAAGCGUGUACUGGGUUUCGUAUUGUUGAGAGGUGAGAACAUUGUCUCGCUGACUGUAGAAGGACCUCCUCCUCCAGAAGAAGGUCUUCCACGAGUUCCAAUUCCUGGCUCAGCACCAGGUCCAGGUAUCGGUCGCGUUGCUGGUAGAGGAAUGCCAGCCAAUUUGUCGAGUGUACCAGCUGGACUUCAAGGACCAGUGCGCGGCGUUGGUGGACCAAGUCAACAACAUAUGGCUCCUGUCGGAAGAGGUGGACAACAAUUGACUGCACCGCCACAAAUGAGACCACAAAUGAUGGGUGCACCGCCUCCAGGAAUGAUUCCCGGAAUGCCGCCAAUGGGACGUGGUAUACCGCCUCGUGGUCCACCGCCUGGAAUGAUGAGAGCUCCACCUCCACGCGGAAAUUUCUAAGUUUAUCGAUUCGUUGAGCCUUCAUACAGUUCGUUCGAAAUAAAGUGUCUACAUGUCAUCGCCAAAAAAA